AUGACUGAAAACAAUAUUGUCGUGCUCGCUGGCGACUACUGUGGUCCUGAGGUGAGACCCUCGCCGCCGAGGCCGUCCUCCUCGGCUCCAUCGGCGGUCCGGGAUGGGGCACCGGCGACGUCCCGCCCUGAGCGGGGCCUCCUCAAGCUCCGCAAGGAGAUGGGUACCUAUGGUAGCAUGCGACCCUGCUUCUUCGCCUCGGACUCGCUCGUCGCCCCCCAAGGCCGAGGUGUGCCGCGGCACCGGCUUUGUCAUUGUGCGCGAGCUCACCGGCGGUAUCUACUUUGGAGAGCGCAAACCGGCUCUGGUUCUGCCUGGAACACUGAGCCUUACUCCCACGCCGAGGUGGAGCGCUUCACCCAUCUGGCUGGUUUUCUUACCCGCGGUCGCGGUGACAAGAAGCUGUGGUCUCUGGAUAAUGCCAACGUGCUUGCCACGAGCCGAUUCUGGCGCAAGGUCAUGACCGAGACGUUUGAGAAGGAGUUCCCCGACCUUAAGGUCGAGCACCAGCUCAUUAACAGCGCGGUCAUGAUCAUGGUCAAGAACCCUACUGGUCUUAACGGUGUUGUUGUGACGAGCACCCUGUUUGGUGACAUUAUCAGCGACGCGGCCAGAGUCAUCCCCGAUAGCAUUGGUCUCCUGCCCAGUGCCAGCUUGAGCGGUAUUCCUGAUGGCAACAGAAAGAGUAACGAUAUCUAUGAGCCCAUCCACGUUCUGCCCCUGGUAUCUCGGGCAAGGGCAUCGUCAACCCCAUCGGCACGAUCCUGUCCGUGGCCAUGCUUCUCUGAUACUCUCUCAACCUCCCUGAGGAGGCUGUGGGUGCCGCCCUGGAGUCUCCGAACCAAGGAACUGGGUGGUGGCGCCAACACCAAGGAGCUCGGUGAGGCUGUCAUCAAUGAGGUUAUAUGGAUCCCCAAGGCAUAA